CUCUCUUCCAUCCUCCAAAUCAUUGAUUGCUGUGCGGCAGAAGGGCUGAGGAUGCUGUCAAGAACUUCGGCAGCACGGGCAAGUCGGCCAUGCUCCCAUGGGCUUUUGCGCCCGAUCGCAAGUCAACCACCGCGAGCCGGCUUGCAACAGCUCCGCCGCGGAGCUGCCAGCUUCGUACCAACUCAACAACGCCGCAGCGCCAUCACGCAGAAGGGCUUUCCAUCUAACCCUGCGGUUCGAGCCUCGUUGUCAGCGGAUGCGAAAUCCUCCAACGCCAAUCGGGCUCCCGGGACACGAUAUGCAUCCACCACUCCACCUGCGGAGACAAAUGCCAAUGCCGAACGGAAAGACGCUAUUUACGACCUAAUUGACCAGAUCAACGAAAAUGAAAUGCAAAUGGUUGAGCUUAUGGAUGAUCUGGAUCUUUUGGACGACCAUGCUGAGGCCCUCGGCAUUGACAGACCCGAGCUAGACCAUGCAUUCAGUCAGACAAUCGGUCAUCGAGACGCUCAAACCUUGGAAGAGCGCGUGCGAGCGGCGAGACAGCAAUUCGGAGACACCCUUCCGGAGGAUUACCUGAACGAAACCGAGAUUGAAUUAUACACCCAGUUGUAUGGCGAACCUAUUAUCGAACAAGAACAUACGGAACUCCAAAUCGAGGAUGAGAAGGACCUGAACACACUAUAUCGUGAAGAUGCCGACGGAGAAUGGCAAGAGGUGGAAGUUGAAGAGUCCGCGCUUGAAGAUGAAGUUCCGGUUGUCUACGAUAUGGAGAUGGGUCCCAUUGAAGACGAGACGGCCGCCAUGCAGCGAACAAGGGAAAUUGCCGAACAGCUUGGGGGAGAUGUCAUGCUGGAACAAUUCGAGGAGGAUACAAUCCAUGAUGAUGCACCACGGCUCCACCCCCGAACGGUAGAAGGGAAAUUCGCCACCGAUCCCAGUACGAUAUUCUUGCCAAAGGAUACCGUGACAGGCCCUAUCUCUAUAAUUCUGUCGGACUACUCGAACAAACACAUUUCGGAGGUUGCUCGUCGCACAUUUGGCGGUUCCAGACUUCCUCAUUCCACCUAUACUCCACUCCCACGUGCUCAAUCACCUCAGAUUCCUAUUCCGUUAUCGGCAACGCAACGACACAUGACGGAAAUGGAAGCCAAUGCCUACAUCGCUGCUCUGUACCCCGGACUGUACGCCUCCACAUUGAGCGUGUUGACCGAAGUUCGAAAGCGCUUGGGUCCCGAAUGGAUUCGCGGACUGAUGUCGCGGGAGGAUGGUCCGCACUUCCUCGAUGCUAGCGCAGGAGGUGCUGGUGUUCUAGCAUGGAGAGAGGUUCUUCGUGCAGAAUGGGACCUUAUGGUUCCAGACCAUCCCGAAGGCAGCCCUUACCCCGUGGGCAAAUCCACGGUAGUUACGGGAUCCGAGAGUCUCCAGCUUCGGGCCAGUGCGAUGCUUGAAAACACUUCUUUCCUGCCCCGGCUUCCGGAUUAUGUCCACGUCCGCGAAAAACCGACGCUGAAUGAUUCGAGAGCUCCCCCAAAGCGCAAACAAUACGAUGUUAUCAUUGCACCCCAUUCUUUAUUGGGCUUGGAGGAGGAAUAUAUGCGCAAAGAGCAUGUCCAGAAUCUGUGGAACCUACUUAACCCCAAUGGUGGUGUCUUGAUUCUUCUUGAAAAGGGGCAUCAGAAGGGAUUCGAGGCGGUUGCUGGAGCUCGUGAAAUGCUGCUUAAGCGUCAUAUUGCAAGCCCCGGCUCUACACACUACGAAAAUCUGACUGAAUCGCCACACGAAGAUACGCACAUCCAGAAAGAAACCGGGAUGAUCGUGGCUCCUUGCACCAACCACGGCAAAUGCCCGAUGUAUCACAUGGAUGGACAUGCCAAGGGCCGCAAGGACUUCUGUCAUUUCGAGCAAAGAUACAUCAGGCCCCAAUUCAUGCAACGCAUUGUAGGGGCUAAGGACCGCAAUCAUGAAGAUGUCCGGUUUAGUUACGUCGCUGUGCAGCGCGGCGUUGACCUCCGUGAGACAGAAAGCAUCGUCCAGGGUCCCGAGGCUACUGAAGCUGCCUUUGCAGGCUAUGAAGACCUCGAUGGCAUGCCCGCCGAAGAGGCGCAGGUGGAUGAAUCGUCGCCAGCGAGCCAGGAUGGCACUUCCAGUGACGCACAGAACUUCCACUCCCUAUCGCUCCCUCGAAUUGUCUAUCCCCCUAUCAAGCGUCGCGGGCACAUCAUUUUUGACUCGUGCACGCCCGCAGGGAACAUUGAACGCUGGACCGUCCCUCGUUCUUUCAGCCGCCGGGCGUACAAGGACGCUCGCAAAGCACGCUGGGGAGACCUGUGGGCCCUUGGUGCAAAGACUCGCAUUCACCGAAACCUAAGGCUCGGAGAUAAAUUUGGCGAAGGCAGGAGAGAACGAAUGGAGAGACGUGCAGCCACUAGAGAAGAGCUCAAUGAAGCCGAACAAGAAGAACCUGGAGAAGAAGAGACAGGCUCACCGAGCUGGCCAGAGUUGGCCGUCCCACCAAGGAAGAAGGGCCAAACCAUUCCCAGUUGGAAGAAGAAUGCAGAUAAAAAGUCACUGAGACAGGCGACGAAGCAGUAUAGUUCAUCCAAUUUCGGCAGUGAGGAAUUGUCUUGAAUUUUGGGUUUUAUGGAAAAAGCCCCCAGGAACGAGAGGCGUUAAGUGAUUUGAUUUUUGGGUAAAAACAGACUCGACCUAGUCUGAUUUGUAUCAUAUGUGUACGAUAUCUGGCUGCAUUUUGAGAUAGAUGUAUAAAUACUGUA